ACAAAAACAAAACUUAGGUUUAGCGCAAAAACAAAACUUCAGCGCCUUGUCUCGCCGAAGUCGUCCCGAAGUCCUCCGACAGUGCCGUCCAACCUCCGCCGCCGUCGCCGCCUCAUCCCUCCGUUUUCGUCGUUCCAACCUCCGACAGUGCCUCUUCCCGCCGUCGUCCUCUUCUCGCCGUCGUCCUCUUCCCGCCAUUAAGCUCCUACAGGGCGUCUCCCAUCAAUACAGAAAACCCUUCCAUUCACUCUUGCAGCAACCAAUGGGGAAAAGAGCUAAGAGUUCCAGAAAGGGAAAGAAGGCAUGGAGAGCCAACAUAAGCACCGAAGAUAUUGAAGACUUCUUCGACAAUUCCACAAAAGAUGCUCUUUCUGGCGGCUCUCUGGCUGAUGUUCCUAGUGAAUCCCUCUUUUAUGUUGACAAGUCCAGAGAUCUUUCAGCCAAGCGCAAAAUUGAAAAAAAGAGGGAUAAAGUACUUCAUUUUGAGAGUUUGCUGCAGAAAAAUGCUUUUGUUCAACCAAUACCAUCUUCAACUACAAAGAAGUCAAAGAAGAAAAGUAAAGAUGCUAAAAAGGCCAAAGAUGCUGCUGAAGAGUGUCAAAAGGAUGCUGCUGCCACAGGUUCUGGCCUUGUUGACAUAUGGAAUGAAACAGGUGAAAAGACUGUUAAAACAAAAAGGAAAUCGGUGACUUCUAUUAUACCUGCUGUGGAAGUUGAUCCACAAGGAUGCUCAUUCAAUCCUCCCUCUGAAAGCCACCAGGAUGCAUUAGCCUCUGCCGUUGCAGAUGAAAUGCAGAAAGUUUAUCGGGAUGAGUUGGGGCCUGAGCCUAUUCCUUUAACUGUUCCUGGAGAAAUAGUUGAUGAAGAAAAUAUUUACUUCCUUGAUGCAGAUGACGGGAGUGAUGAUGACGAUGAAAAUCUGAUUGAAGAUGGAAACCUGGAUGUGGAGAAGAGGCUGCAAAAGACCAAAGUGGUGACCAAAGUUGAGAAGAACAGGAGGGCUAGACGCAAAGAACAGUUAAAAACUGAAGCAGAAGCCAAAAAAGUGGAGAACCUUUCUAAAGAAAUUGACAGCUUGUCAGAUAUCAUUCAAGAAAUAGCGAAAGAGGAUGAAGAGAAACAGAAAAGACAUCUCCGCCGUGUUGUUGCUAAACAAGAAAGACUAAAAUCUUGUCCACCACGUCUAGGGAAGCGCAAAUUUCAACCUGCUCCUGUUCAAGUCUUAUUAUCAGAAGAGAUUACCGGUUCCCUUCGUCAACUAAAGGGAUGUAGCACCCUUGCAAGGGAUCGAUUCAAGAGCCUGGAGAAAAGAGGACUGGUUGUCCCAUCAAAGAAGACCUCCAGGAAGUGAUUGUGAGGUCAUGGACCGGCUCAUUGGCUAUAUGUCUCCUGCCAUUGGUAGGCUGUUUGAACUUUGAAGUCCUCAGUAGUGAGCUUCCCAUGUAUUUGAAGGAGAUUAUGAAGCUGAAAAUUUUGACAAUAUUUACCUAAAGUUUAUGUGUUGCUUAAAAGUAUACUAACUGGAACUCAAACCUGGGUUUUAAUUAUUUUUAAUUUCAUAAUACAAUGUUUAGUUGAAGUAUAAUAGAAAUGUCUAGGCUACUAGUUCAAAUUGGAUAAAAUUCAAUAUAUUUCUUUGGUGUUGUCUAUCUA